AUGUCGCACCUCACCUACAAGCCCAAAUCAGCGGUUGUUCGGGAUCUAGUCGACUUCAUCUAUCGGUCCAACUCACGAGUUGCUGAAUUUACCACGGCUGUAGAGAGUGCACGCAAGCCGGACAAUGGCGGUCGAAAUGAGAUGGACCAGGAAAGUAUCUACACGCUGGAAGACUACAUCAAGUUCAUGGAUAACUUUGUUCGCUGGGCUCCCAAAGUCUCUAGUACUGGAGAUGAAGUUCUCAAUAAGAUCCUAGUCUUCUACUGGGUGCUGGAUCAGCCUGUGCUGAAGCAAUAUCAGACUGCAAUCACGCCAGAGACGGCUGAUACUGAUCUCAAAUGGCUGUCAUAUUGGCUCGUCACGUUCGCCCGCGAGCAGGGCAAGUGGUUAGAUACUGAAGAAUCGGCGGGCUCUGUUUACUCCUUCUAUCGGAACGCAAAGUAUAACAAAGACGCGGAUCAGUGGGAAGAGCCGGAGGAUGGCUGGAAGUCUUUCAAUCACUGGUUUGGGCGUCAGUGGAAGGACAUUAACGUGUCUCGUCCGGUGGAUCAUCCGAAUGAUGAUAAUGUCAUUGUGCAUGUUGCUGAUUCCAUGUUUGAUGGCCACUGGGACAUCAACAACGGCACAAUCCGCCUGAAAACCAGUGUCAAUAUGAAAGGGGUGGAUUGGCCAGUCGGAACUCUUCUCCGAGACUCAGGAAUCGAGUACAAGAAUGGAAGUUUUAUGCAUGCCUUUCUCGCACCCGCAGACUACCAUCGCCAGCACGCACCAGUGAGCGGAGAGGUAAUCGAGGCGAGGAACAUCCAUGAUCAGGUCUAUCUUCAGGUAGGGAAGAAGGCAGAUGGUGGCAUCGGACGAUCCCGAGGUCUGGUCCGGGACUCGGACGACCUAGAGCACCGUCGGGUGCAGAACCAGGGUCAGUUCUAUGGCAUCGAAGCCCCAGAUGAGGCUGGAUAUCAGUGGUGUCAGGCCCGCGGCGUCAUUGCCAUCCAGACCCAGAACUAUGGUAAAGUCGCGGUCCUCUCGAUUGGAAUGGCGCAGGUCUCGUCAGUCAAGUUGACGGUCAAAGUUGGUGAUCAGGUGAAGAAAGGUGACAAUAUCGCCUAUUUUCAGUUUGGUGGCUCUGAUGUGUGCAUUGUGUUCGAGAAACGUGUCAAGUGGCGCGCUGAUCUCCAGCCUGGCCAAACCAAGCUGAAGGUACGAGAAAGGCUCGCUAGCUUUCACUGA